UUUACGGUUAUCUUAAUUAAUCUACUUACAUUAAAUUAACUGAUAACAUGUGAUUUAAUCCUUCGUUAACAAUAAUACAUUUCAAAAAUGAAUUUUAAUUUGUAUUUGGUUGUUUUUGUUUUAUUUUUCGUCAAUGAAGGUUUUUCAGUUCCACCAGAAGCCUGUUUUGCCAACUUCAACUGGGACGAUUGCGGCAAGCCUCCUGUCCCAGUCAUGUACUAUUGGAAACCAGGAUCCAGAUGUGAAGUCGGGCUGUGGAAAGGAUGCCUCCCAAACCUCAACAUGUUCGUUGACGAGUACGAAUGUGUUACCACUUGCAUCUUCACCGCCAGGGCGAUGCCAGAAGACUAUCACAAUUUGCUGGAUGUGGUAGAAGAUAAGGGAGUUGGUACCGUCCCAGCUAUAGAGACAACUGUAGCGGGAGAGGUCCAAAAUGCUACCAGUGCUGGUGAUGGUGAGACGCCUGCUGGUGGAAGUGGGACUGGAGCUACUGGAAAUGUUGCAGGUGGUGAAGUUACAGGUCCACCGACGACAGUUGCUGCAUAAAAGUUGAAUAAAGGAAUUCGGCCUAUUGUA